AUGACUCGAGAGCUCGCUUCCAUCAUCACAGCGGCUGCCGCUCUUGUCGGUACUGGUGUGGGCCUGCUUUUAUCGCGUACUCUGCUGAAGCCUAAAAUAGGAAAAUCGACUGUGAAGCACGUACUCCUGGCGAAAUUCAAGGCGGAUUGGACGGCUGAGCAGAUUCAGGAGCUGAUCGACGGAUAUCAAGCUCUCACGAAGAAGAUUCCGGCCAUGAAAGGAUUCGAGUGGGGCGCGGACGUGAGUGUGGAGGGGCUGCACAAGGGGUACACGCACGUGUUCAUCACCACCUUUGACGACGCCAAGGGGCGUGAUGCGUACGUGGAGCAUCCGGCGCACAAGGAGUACGCGGGGGUGUUGUUCCAGGGGCUGGAGGACGGCAUCGUGCUCGACUAUGUGCCCUCCGUCGCCCUCUCCCGCUUCUACUCCUGA